AUGUCGCUGGUCGGCGAUUUGCUGCGACGCGACGUCUUGCUCGAGCGGAAACAUGAGUUGACUGGCCUGGCUUCAAAACAUGCGACCGAGCUGCUAGCACUGUACCGCGCCUUCGCUACCGUCGACAAGGAUGUAAACAUCGACACAUUCCUCAGCAAAGCGAUCGACUUGGAGCAUGUCUCCAACGAGGAACUCGCUUUUCUUCAGCAGAAUGACAUCGCAAACGGCCAAACGUUCGACAUAGGCCAGCUUGUACUGCUGCCACCACCACCCGCCACAACAGCACCAACACAACAGGACGCUUCCAUACAUGCGGCAAACCCUUCGUCAUUGCCAGUCAAACCUACUGACCAGGCGCAAUCUUCUGUUUCUGCCGAUGCAAGCGCUACAGCUGGUUUCCUGGAUCCCAAUGCUUCUCUUCCAGACGCUGCUACGCCCAACAUCCACACCGCGGGCCAAUUAGGCACGGAACCACCCCCAGGAACAUCACCUUCAAUUGCUCUGCCAGCUCAUGCUUCGAGGGAAGCCUCUGCUGUGGACGAGCGCGACAUCGCGCCGGCAAAGGUAGCACCACCUCAACUCGAGGAGCAGGCCAAUCUAUCGAGCUCAGUACAGCAACUAGUGAACGACGAAGUGCCUUCGAAACCAGCAAAGGUCGUGCAUCUUCCUUCUGAAGAGGUGCAGGAACAGAAGUUGCGCGAGCGUGAGGCCGAUCUGGAGCAGAGGAGGCAGUCUGAGACCGAGUCCAGAUCAUCGCAACGUCUUGCCGCACCCCACAACGAGCUUGCCUCGUCUCCAUCAUCUACCGUUGGUCCUUACUCUACUUCGACGCCUCGACCACCUCAAGACUCGCCCGAUACUUCUCCCGAGUCUGAGGGCGAGCAGGUUGAGAUUCCUCCCCCGAAGGACCUUCAACCAUCGGCCGAAGAACAACGAGCGAAAGAGGAGCACGAUCGCAUCCUCGAGGCACAAAAGGAGAUCGCUCGCAAGCAGGCGCUAGGCGACGUGGCAGAAACACCCGAUGAGCAACUCAGAUGGGAAGAACGCGAAGCUGCUGCACGUGAAGCCGAAGAACGUGCAGCGAGAGAGGCUGUUGGUGGGCCCGAGCCAGACAAUAAAGAUGGCCGUGAAUCUACCGAGGCCGAGCAGGCCGUGGCAGAGAUCGAUGCGGAUGCUAAACCCUCUGCCGACUCAGCUCGUGAUAAUCAGUCAGGUGAGCCAGAAGUGAGGACAACUGCUGUCCAGCAGUCUACGGCACAGGAUCAUGGCGAUACUAUCGCUGUCGCGCGAAGGAAAACAUCACAGCCACCUCUCGGACCAACACAGCCUGCUGAGGCAGCAAUCGCCACCGCGCAGACGUCCUCUUCCACAUCAGCUUCAGCUAGACGCGGCGGAAUGACAACACGAGUCUCAUCUGGCGCGAUGCGUCAAAAGUCUGUCUCAGAGAUCCUUGGUCACAUACAGUCGCCUCCCCCGGAACAGUCAGCGAGCCGUCGCAAAGAGGCUUCAUCGUCAGUGCCGGUCUCCCCAAUGAGUGUGCGCCAUCCACAAGAGAAUACUUUCACGCCAGCCAUGCUACGACAACUUUCUCAAGCAAGUCUACCGCAUCGGACACCUGUUACGUCCACGUCUGCGCUCGAGCAGCUGCAGACGUUGAAAGGUGCAUCAGGAGAUCCAGAACGGGACUAUCUCGAAUCGCUUUUCAGGAUUCAAGCUCAUGAGGCCCAGAACUCUGGGACUAGAACAUUGGGUGAUCUCAUUAAGAUGGUACCCAAAGCUCUGUCAACUGAAGAUCACUUUACCGCCAUCCAUGAACGACUUGACUUCCGGAUGCUCCGCAGAAUCUAUCAGCUCCAAAAUGCCAACAAGUGGUCGCUUCGUCAAAUGGAAAAGAUGAAAGAGCCUGAACAGCCUGUCUGUCAUCUCGAUCACAUGAUGCAAGAGAUGAAGUGGAUGCGCAAGGACUUCAAAGCCGAAAGGAAGAUGAAGAGGAGCGUUUGUGCGUGGCUAGCGCAACGAUGCGCCGAGUGGGUGAACGCCGACCCAGAACAGCGUGCGCAGCUGCAAAUCAAGACGAAGGCCAAGCAUGCGAAGAAGUCUGAACCCGAUGCCGAUGUGCCAGAUCUGGAGCAAGGAGGUGAUUCUGCACCCGAAGACGACAUUUCGCCACCAACUCCGCGAUCGACUACUCCUCUGCCAAGGACCCUAGUCGUGGCUCCGGAGUUGGCAGACGCUAUAGAAGAACUGCAGAAGUCUGGCAAACUUCCAAAGGCGCUUGCUGCAUUACCAAAGACUGGCCUUUUGGAUCGCGAACUGAAGCAUCAGCCAGAACCUGUGACAUCGGUGUCGAAAUUCGUUAGUGGCAAGAUUCUGCCCAAAGCACCCGCACCUCCUCGCAAGCGAAGUCGUUAUGACUACGAGGAUGAAGCGGAGAUAGUGGGUGAAGAACCGGCGAGCAAGCGGCUGCGUGAUGCAGAUCAUCUGCCUGCGGAAGACGUCGAGUGUGCUCUCUUCCACCCCGACAACAAGGCUAUCCGCGAUCGCCUACAUUCCAACAAUGUGUUUAGGCCACCAUCUGAGUUCAUCAUGCCGACGAUAUCCUUCUACGAAUAUCGCAGUGGCUCACAGUGGAUCUGGGAGGACGACCAGAAGCUUAGAAAGCUUGCCAAAGAGUACUCAUUCAACUGGUCGCUCAUUGCUGACGAGAUGGCAUUGCCAACCCGUUACAAGAGCUCGGCCGAGCGGAGGACACCAUGGGAAUGUUUCGAGCGUUGGGUCGAGCUCGAAUCGCUUCCUGCCGACAUGCGCAAGACAGUCUACUUCAAAACUUGGUUCCAAAGACUCGAGCAAAGUCAGCAGGCUGCUGAGCGGCGUUACCAGGCACAAGUGGCGCACAUCCAACAGCAAGCAGCGCAGAGCGGUGGACCGACCCAUAUACCUCUUCGACGGCGUACGACACCUACUCGUGUCGAGAAGCGCAGAUCUACAAGAUAUCUGUGGAUGGUCGAUGGCUUCAGGAAGCUUGCGAAGAGGCGCGAACAGGCCGCCUGGAAACAAGCCGAGAACGCACGUGCUGCUGCUCAGAGGAAGUCGCAGACGGAAGCCCAGCCUGCGCAGAAGAUGGUCAAGAUGACGCCACAAGAGUUCAGCAAGAAGCGGCACGAACGCGACAUGCAGAUCCUCGAAGCGCAGAAACAGCAUCGUCAAAAGAUGAUCGAGGCUCAACAACGUCAAAUCGCAGCAGCGCGAGCAGCGGCUCAAGGUCUAGCCCAACCAAUGCCGCCUGGGCAACAACAACGCCCACCAGGGCCUGGUCAAGCGCCUCAGCAAGCACAGAUGCCCAAUGGUCAACCGCAACCAAAUGGUGUCCAGAACGCAGCCCAGCAGCAAGCACGAAUGCAAAUGGCACCACAGCGCAAUGGGCACUUGGCACCUCCUCAGGUCAAUGCACAGGGCAUACCACAAGCUCAAAUGCAGGCUCGAGGCGGCAUGGCACCUCCUCCAAACAUGCAGCAAAUGACCCUUGGUAGCGCACAAGGACGAAACCCACAGUUCGUCAAUCAGCAGCAAUACCCGAUGCAGAAUGGUAAUAUGUCCAGUCCCGGUGGAAGCACAAUGACCACUGCCCAACAGCUUCAACAAAAUCAGGCCCUCCUUCAAGCAUAUCAUCAGCAGCAAGCUAAUGGUGCACAGGCUCAGAACAUGAACCACACCAAUAGCAAUCCACAGCUGUCCGCAUCCUCGCCCAGCAUGCCUCCGCCUCCAACCCCACAAAGUAUGCCCCGGCAGCUUUCGUCUGGCCACGUUCCUCAGAUCAUCGCUAUUCAGAAUCAGAUUCGUGCUCAGAAUCCUGGCGUCAGCGAGGAAAACCUCAAAGUCAUGGCCACGCAACAGAUGACAAAGCUGUCCCAGUCCUCGCAAGCAAGGCAGACCGCCAUCAACGCUGCCACUGGUAUCUCGACACCAUCAUCGAACGUCGUGCAGCCGCAGUAUGCUAACAGCCAGUUAGCUUACCAGCGCAACGGACAGAUUCCCACUGGUCAAGCAUCGAACGUCAAUGGCACGUACGCGAAUGGCGGCGAGACUGCUCAAACAGCAAACAUCAGUCCACCAGCCAAUGGCAGCAGUCCUUCGCAACAACAACUUUAUGCUCAAAACCUGCAAUAUCAGCAGCGUAAGCUGAUGCAGCAGCAGAUGCAGUCGCACAGCCCUCACAACAGCCACGCACAACUGAACGGAAGUCCGAGCGUGAAUCAUGCUAGUCCCAGCAUGGCGCCUGCCAGUCCAAGUCUGCAGUACUCCAACAUGAAUCCGACGAGCAACCCUAUAGCUGGCAUGAACAAUCAGCGACCCCCUUCGAGAAGCAACACUCCGCAAAUGCAGCGCAUUGGCAGCUCGGGUAGUGGCGUUGCUGUUGGGAAUAGUGUGCAGAGUCCAGGAUCACAACUGCAAGGGAGCCCCAGAAAUAUGCAAGCUAGCAUGGCACGUUAG